AUGAAUCAACCAACAACGACGGGCGUCGGCCGAGGUGGGUACGGCCGCGCCUGUAUGACCUGUUUCAAAGCAAAGACUAGAUGCUUGAGACCGAAGGUUGGAGCAGCUUGUGUGAGAUGCAGUCGACUUGCAAAGGAGUGUGUAGCUGCGCCGGCCGGUCGCAGAACAAAUCUUGGACAAGGCUCGACACAGGCUGGCUGUUCAAAAACUGCAAAGAUCGAGCAAAAACUCGACAGCUUAGUCGCUAUACUGCAGUCUCGGGUUCCUUCAACACUGUCCCAGAAGGAGAACCUUCUAAGUCGUGGGUCUCUUACUGGCGGGGAAGCCCACCAAAAUGUCACCACUACUAGCAUUGAGGACGCGCUCUCCUCCACUCCAUUUUCGUCACCCACUUCCCUCCAUGCGCCAACGGGAGAUCCAGAGGCUUCUCGUAUAUCACAAAUGGAGCGUGAUAUCAUAAGCCUUUUGGGUCAGGAUGCUGAGAAUGCUCUCGACUUCUUCCGCUGCCGUAUCUUGCCAGCUUUUCCGUUCAUGCAUAUUCCAGCCUCAUUAACCGCGCGGGCUGUGUGCAAGACAUACCCAAGCUUGUGGCUUUGCAUCAUAUCCAUCACUAGCAAAUCAUUGGCACAGAAAAGGGUCCUGGGAGACAUGAUCAGGAAAAAUCUCGCUCAGGGAAUACUGGUGGACGAGAAAAGGAAUAUGGAUCUUCUGCUGGCGUGUAUUGCGUACAUGGGGUGGGUACACCAUCACAUGAAAGAAGAACCUCGUCUAACUACUUGGGUGCGACUCGCAACGACUGUUAUACUCGACCUGCGGUUAAAUCAGUCACCUGCUGAUGAAGCUCGCGAAUCUCAAGCCAAUGAUAGUGUUGAAAAACGGAGGGCUGUUCUGGGAGCUUAUCUGACUAGCUCAAUAGUCUGCAACUUCCAGAACUCCGAGACGCUUUUUCAGUGGACACCAUAUAUGGAAGACUGUUUGCAAGAUUUAGCGCAUGCUCCUCAAUGGAUCGGUGACAAGGUAUUGGUCUCGCAGAUCAAAUUUCACAGGGUCAUUGAUCAGAUACCGUGCUCUCUACGUGAGAAACUGGAACCCGGGGUUAUUAUUCCGUUUGCAAUGGCGUUGCAUGGCCACCUGCAAGAAGUUCAUACAAAUUUGUCUCAGGAUCUCAAACAAAACAAUAUAAUAUUACUUUACUUCCACAGUGUGAAGCUGUUGGUGGAUGAGAUAGAGUUCAACAGUUAUGUGCCAGAUGCGGGCAAAAUCAACAUUAAUGCAAAUGCUUCGCCAGUAACGCAAAUGCAACGGCUACAGUGUCUUCACAGGUGCCUCGGCUCAGUUGAUGCGUGGUGCAGCACAUUCUUUAGCAUGUCUAGCGACGUCUAUUUCGAGUCGCCUUUCGCCGUAGUCUCUCAUCAACUUAGCCGGAUUCUAAAGAUGCUUGUCAACCUGACAUUCUUAUGUGAAUCCGGCUGGGAUUGCAACGAAGUGCGGGCAAAGGUCGAUCUUUUUGAUACGAUUGAAAAUGUCGCGUCUGGCCUUGAUAGACUUCAAUAUUUGCUGGAUGGCGACGACGGAGUUGAGGGACAAUCGGUCAAGGCGUCUAGGGCACUACGACUCAACAAAUCGACCAUUCAAGCGGAGUUCCUUUCCCGACAACAAAGCGCUUCAGGAUGUGCGGGGGCUGAUGGAGGGCAACUCAAUCCACCAGAAUUGUUUUGUGGCAAUGCGGGGUACCCUCUGAAUAUCUUUCUUGACAACCAAUGGACAUCAGAAGCUUGGGAAAGUGUAGAAGUCGGAGAAGGAUGGGUAGCGAGCGAGUAG